AUGUCUUCGGCUACAUUCUCGCAAAUACGAAACUCAGCUCUCUCGCUAGAAAACCAGACAGAUAAGCUUCUAGCCCAGUAUUCUAAAAUCCAACAGGUUGGUAAUUCGGUGGCUUCCGACGAUGCUGAGCUCAAUCUUGUCAACGACAUCACACAGAUCCUCGAAAAGCGCGAGGAUAUAAUCGCAAGAUUGAAAAGAAGCAUAGAGACGGACAGCGCAGCACCAGCUUCCAGGUCCCAACAGGUACAAAGACAUAAAGAGGUGUUGGCUGAUCAUCGAAGCUCGUUCCUUAAAAUCCAGUCCAAAAUAAGUGAGGAGAGGAAUAGAAACAAUCUCCUCUUUCUGAUUCGUCUGGACUUAUCAGCACACAAACAGAGAAAUGUCUCGUCUGCGUCGGGGAUCAAUGAAAAUGACUACAUUUUGGAAGAGGGCCGCAGGGUUGAACAGGCCAACUCUUUUGCAGACAGACUCUUGCAACAAGCAUACGAAACAAGAGAUGAAUUGAUUGGACAGCAGGCUUUUCUCCAGAAUGCUCAGAGUAGAAUUGCAGGCACAAUCCAGCAGAUUCCAGGUAUCAAUGUGUUGGUCUCCCGAAUCAACACAAGGAGGAAAAGAGAUACUCUCAUUCUAGCAUCGGUCAUCUCGUUAUGUAUUAUUGGAUUACUCUUCUUCUCAUAG